UUUUUUAAAAAGUAAUUGCAGUGGCAUUUUAAUUAAUUUAAGAUAUCCUGUAUUUCAAGACUGUGAUCAAACCAGAUCACAUCCACUGGUCCAGGUGGGUUUGGUGUGGUUGGCACUAAUCUGUCCUGUCUUGAGAGUUUAUGACUUUCACUGAGUGUGUAUCUCUGAUUUAUUGCAGCAAACUAUUUAGCCGUCGCCACAAUGAACCUUUCGGACACAAGUGGCGGCGCACACAGAACACACUUCAACAAUCCCGAAAUAUGAAUGUCGAUAAGGCAAAAGUUUGUUUACACACACACACACACAACUAUUCUGAUAGAGUUGUUCAGCCGACUGUUUGCGCCAUCUUACUUUGACUUUCCAGUUGUCAUAAAUCUUACCAAUGCAAUAUUCAUCUGGCGUUAGAAAGUCGACGUGCAUAAUAAUCCAUUUGAAACUCCCACUGCGGAUUUUAACGCAAAGGCGCACGGAGAUCACGGAGCAUCAUUCUGUUGAUUUAACGCACACACUUUAAAAUGACGACUUUUUUUUCUUUUUUUACGCACAAAAUGGAAAAAAAAAACAAAAAAAAAGAAUAACAACAAAAAAGAGAGAGAGAGCACAGCAGUGGAGCGUCUGUUUAAUUCCUGCCGGUAUCUUGCAAGCCCACAUCCUGGCAUGCAACAGCCGAUUUGUUAUUGAUCAAGUGUGAAAGUGACGGCUUCGUAUUUGGUUCAAAAAAAAAGAGAGAGAAAGAAAGAAAGAAAGAAAAGGAGAAAAAAGAGAAAGAAGCGAGUUGGGAGUUGACAGACUCGCAUGAUGUCGCCAUCCAAAGGGGGGCUGCCAGGCGCACUUGAGACUUACUGCAACGAGCCUUGUUAAAGAGGGAAAAAAAUAGAGAAAUAGAGAAUGAGAAGGAUUGUUAGUUAACGCGAGAGGGAGGGGGUGAGGAAGAAACAGAGAGAGCGAGAGGGAGAGAGAGAGGGGGAGAGAGAGAGAGAGAGAGAGAGAGAGAGCAUGGAUUUGGGCAGGGCUGUGGUUACCCAGCAUAAGCUUGCCUUUUCCUUCGGCGACUACACCCCGAGAGGAGGAGCGUAGUAGGCGUCGGGAUCCUCAAUUUUUCAACUUAGCAUCUUGGCAGGACAUUUUCCCAAGCAAAGCCCCCGUUCGACGGGUAAAAAAAAACUUCUGCGCGGGCAUGAGAGCGACGGUGCAACUCAGAUAAGGGAGCAAGAACAGAACAGAAAACCAAAACCAGACAAAACAUCCGACGGGCAGUGGCUGACUGGCUGGCAACGACCAAAAUAAUCCACCCAACAUCUAAACCUCUCUUUAUUUAAUCACUUUUACUUUUUGCCUUCACCAUUGUCAUUUAGAAGGAGGAGGGGGGGGGACAGACAGCGGGUCUGCAGACACACGGCUCUAUGCGCUCCGACAGCAGCGCAUGAGAAAAUAAAGAGGGGAAAGUGCGCAAGUUAAGUGGCUUACACUCUCCGGGCUCCAGCAUGGCGUAUCCUCAGGGCUACUUGUACCAGCCGUCCGCUUCUCUAGCCCUGUAUUCGUGCCCUGCGUACAGCACCAGCGUUAUAUCGGGACCCAGAACCGAGGAACUUGGGAGAUCCUCUUCGGGAUCUGCUUUUGCGCCCUAUGCCGGAUCUACUGCGUUCACCAGCGCCUCGCCAGGCUACAACUCCCACUUACCGUACAGUGCAGACGCGGCGGCAGCUGCCACAUUCACCUCGUACGUGGUGAGUAAACUAAAGAGUUCUCCCUAUGAUCACACUACGGGUAUGGCCGGCUCAAUAGGAUACCACCCUUACGCAGCACCCUUGGGCACCUACCCUUAUGGUGACCCAGCAUACCGUAAAAACGCAACCCGGGACGCCACUGCCACCCUGAAGGCCUGGCUCAACGAGCACCGUAAAAAUCCAUAUCCCACCAAGGGCGAGAAGAUCAUGCUGGCCAUCAUCACUAAAAUGACCCUCACCCAGGUGUCCACCUGGUUCGCCAACGCCAGGAGGAGGCUAAAGAAGGAGAACAAGAUGACCUGGACCCCCCGGAACCGGAGCGAGGACGAGGAAGAGGACGAGAAUAUUGAUUUGGAGAAAAACGACGACGACGAGCCAAACAAGCCCACAGACAAGGGGGACUCUACAGACACAGAAGCAGAUCAUAAACUGCUGAACCCAGGGGACAUAGGCUGUGACAGAUUUAAAGAGGAGAACCAUGGCAAAGACACAGAUCCCCUUCUGAGCGACUCGGAGUUAAAAGACCAGGAGGAGCGGACUACAGAGUUGCUGCCGGAUUCCGCGAAACCCACCACUUCGUCUCCCUCGGCGGUGCCCCGGGGGAACCAGACCGUUGCGCAACAAGACAAGCCGUCAGAUUUGAGCCAUGCACCGGGUACGGUGACCAGCAACGUGACCUCUGUUAUCCACUCACCCCCUUCGGCCCCUAAACCCAAACUCUGGUCCCUUGCGGAGAUCGCCACGUCUUCAGACAGGUGUAAGGGCAGCAGCGAUGCGACACAGUCUUGCCCUGGUUUGGGUCAGAGCGCAGUAAUGGGCACCAACGCGUCUCCAUCACGGUCCUCCCCUCAGUGCCCGCUUCCCAACAGCACGGUCCUAUCCAGGCCUCUGUACUACACCUCCCCUUUCUACCCCGGCUACACGAACUAUGGUAGCAGUUUUGGACAUCUUCACAGUAACCACGGCUCGGUAACCACGGGCUCCACGGCACAUUUCAAUGGAUUAAACCAGACUGUGUUAAAUAGAGCAGAGGCUUUGGUAAGGGAGAGCCAGAAAGUCAGAGGCCAAACGCAGGUAGAUCUUUGUAAAGACUCCCCUUAUGAACUAAAGAAAGGUAUGUCAAACAUUUAAUACCUGAAUAUUUUCCACUCAUCGCGGACUCUUAUUUAUUUUUUGUGGUUGCAUUAAACAAAGAAAAAGAAAAAAAGAACAAUGAUGAAGCAAAUUCUGAGAACAGUUAUUUUCUGAGUAAAUGCUUAUCCUCAAAUUUUUAGUUUCUGAAUGGUUAAUCCUAAAAUGUAACAAGAAUGGUCUUAAUCGCUGCAGCCGCCUGAGUCUAUUUGUAUUAAAGACUAACAUGUAUAUUUAAUGUAGCAUUUUUGUAUUUAAAAUGGACAACACACUAUCUUUGAAGUAAAUUAUGGAAAAAAAAAAUAUAUACUUGUGCAGCGAUUAUUUUGGGGAACAGUUGGCAAUGCCUGAUAUGUCUAAAGUGCUUCAAAGCCAAUUAAUUUAUACGAAAUAUUAAUUAAAUUUUGCACCGUGACAGAUGUUUCAAUGGUAAUCAUCUCAAAAUAUUAUGGUAGUGAGAGCUCUGGCAGACUUGAAAGAAAAGGCCUACAUUCAGCAAAGGGAUGUUGGGAUAUCUAAACACUAGAAGUGUUCGGUUUCGUUUGGGUUGGUGCAAAUAUUCACAGGGUUUUUUUGUGAAUGAAAAAUGCUGGAAACAAUAUGGAGGUAUAUUUAGUUUUUUUUAUACAACCAGGGCCUUCCUUUUUUUUUCUCUUUUUACUUGAGCACGUUUCCAAAAGUGGAUAUUGAUAUAAUAACAACACCGAGGCGCAGUCAUUUAACCCAAUUACCUAUCGUGUUUUAUGCAGAGCAAUCAGGUGGUGAACUCCGGUAAUGAGCUCGAUUUUAUGCCAAAUUUAGACCUCAUUACUAUUUUCCUAGGCGUGGCAAGCCUGUUAAAAGGGACGCGACCAUGCAUUUAGAACAUACUGCCUAUUAUAUAUCAUUAAUGGAGAGUCUCUUUAAUGGCGCGUUAGAUGUGAAACACUGUUUGGAGAAAAAGAGGAGAAUGCUGUCAUGCACACAGUUCAGGCAGAUAGAUAUUAUUAUACUGUGUAGCCGGUAGCCAGGCACUGUCUUCUAACUCUUCCAACUUCUGCAGGUAGGUGUCACACUUGCUCCUAAUUUCAAGGGGGGGGACUUCUUUGUUAAUCCGUCACGGAAACCCAUCCCUGAUCAAAUGGCCUAGUUAAAGAAAGAAAAAAAAAAGGUGGAGCCAAUGGGGCACACACAA